GAGGGUACCCCAUUCCCAUUCCAUCCAAUCCUUGCGGCCUGGCUACAUUGCUCCUUCUCCAAAAAAUCCCGUCCGACACCACCACCCAUAACCACCAGUCCACCACCACCACCAGUAGUGACCACCGACCGCGGCGCCCAGAACAAACAACCAUCAGCAAAAGGGAAAAAAAGACGGUAGUGACGGCAAGCCUCAUUUAGAGCUUUCCCCUCUUCCACAUUUCCUUCCAAUUACCUUACCUCCAACCCCGCACUGAAAACCACCACAUGCAAUGCCUCUGCGGCUCAAGCAUUUGUGGUGAUUUUCCUCUUUCCCUCUAACCCUUCCGAAAGGUAAAGGGCCCAGCGUUCCGGGCUCCCGCCCAUUGCCGUCGUCACCGACUGAUAUCGACCGACACCGCUCCUCCCGACCCGGCAAUCCCUCCCAACCUGAUCUGACAUCACCCGCCCAUACCAGAACCAGUUGAUUCAGACACAGUCAAAAUGGUCACCAUCGCUAUCCUACGACCCGCGGGCGGCACAAAGCUGUCGCAAUUCACUGCGCGCUCUUUCCAGGCCACCGCCGCCUUCGCUGCGCGCCGCUCCUUCUCCUCCUACCUCGUCACCCCCAAGGAGCUCGACGAGGCCCUCAAGAAGAACCCCCCCUCCAAGAUCAGCCCCGAACCGCGCACCAUUCCCCUUUGCGCCUCAUGGUUCCUUCCCAACGAUGGCCGCACCGGCAUUGAGGUCUACCGUCAACAGCGGAUUCCCAAAGCCCGUUUCUUCGACCUCGACAAGGUCAUUGACCGCCGUAGCGAGUACCCCCAUAUGCUGCCUUCCGCCAAGGACUUUGCAGCGGCCAUGAGCGAGCUGGGCAUCCGCAAGGAGGACACCGUCGUCGUCUACGACACCAAGGAGUUGGGCAUCUUCAGCGCCCCGCGCGUCGGCUGGACCCUCAAGAUCUUUGGCCACCCCAAGGUCCACGUCCUGAACAACUUCAAGCUCUGGGUCGAGCAGGGUCUUCCUACCGAGUCUGGCGAGCUCUAUAAUGUCGAGUGCUGUACCUACCCCAUCCCCAAGUUGGAUGAGGGCAAGGUCGCCGAGUUCGAGGAGGUGCGCGAGAUUGCGCUGGACCACAACAAGGAGGGCGCGGAAGGUGUACAGAUCCUCGAUGCGAGGUCCCCCGGCCGUUUCGCGGGCACCGAUCCGGAACCCAGACCUGGCCUGUCGUCUGGCCACAUGCCCGGUUCCAUUAACAUCCCGAUGACUGCCGUCUUGGAUCCCGAGACCAAGACGUUCUACCCCGCGGAGAAGCUCAAGCAGAUCUUCCGGGAGAAGGCUGUCAACCCUGAGAAACCCAUCGUCUCGAGCUGCGGAACCGGCGUAACUGCCUGUGUCAUUGAGACCGCUCUCGAGGAGGCUGGAUGGGGCUCUCCUGGGACGCGCAGAGUCUACGAUGGAAGCUGGACUGAAUGGGCACAGCGGGUCAAGCCUUCUGACUCACUCAUCAGGAAGAACGAGUAAGAGAUGGAGCGAGAGAGUGCAGCGUCAAGUUGCGUCUAGUUGCGAUACCCUCACUACCCCACUUCUGGUUUUCUCUGGUUUUCAUGUACGAUAUCCGGCACAUCACAGCUUUGGAGUUUGCAUUGCGCAUGGGAGAGGUUCGUCAGCCUUUUGGUCGUUUAGGGGAGGGACGCAGGUGGCUGGUGUACAUAGCAGGCCACGGUAAUGGAUCACGAUUAUGGACAAUUUGCGUGUUUGAAAGCUUGCAGUGCGCAUAUGAGUGAGGAGAAAGAAUGGUUGUCGAUACGUCCCGG